AUGUUCAAUCCAUUCCCACCAUCAACAGGCCAAGCAUUCCUAAGAGCACGGACAGGGCCUCAUAAUUGGUGGCUUGGGAGGGUCGUCGCCGCCGAUGUUUGGUCCAUAAUAUCAGAUAUGCACGAUCACUGGCGCCGAACCCUGGCGUCAUCGAAGGAACGCGAGGAUCUCAAUGUGCUCGAGGGCCAGGCGAUCAAUGGCGUUGUGGUCGCACUUGGUUCCGUGUAUGCGCAGCACCGGAUACUCUGGAUGAACAGGGCCACUCAGGCAUACCCGGAACUAGCUGCAGUGAUCCACGUCGACCCUGCUUGGUACAAUACUCGCCGAACGAUCGUCGACCACUCGUCAAUCAGGUUCACCCUUGAAGAAGAGCUGAUGCCUGGUACACAUGUCUUCGUGAUCGUCUAUGGGAGUUUUAAAGAUGGAAUCCUGACCAUCAAGGACCUGAAGUACUCGACGAAAGUCUGCAAUGGUGACGCUAUCAUGCUGUAUGGCAGAAGGGGUGCGGUUGAGAUCGCAGUGAAGGGCAGGACAAAUGGACCACCAUGGGUGGCAGUCGACAUCGUGUACACAGAGAAGGAUGCUCUGCCAAAUUGA